GCUGCUGUGUGGGUUUCUUUACACUUCCUCCCCGCCAGCCCGCCUGGGAAAGUGGGUUACAGAGGAAAGGAGCUCAACUCAGACACUGGCAAAGGAGCAUCCAGCCCCAGACAGACCGGAGAACACCCUCCUUCUGCAGCCUUCUCUUCAUCUUUUCUAGAGGGUUUUAUAUUUGUACUCUCUCAUUGGAAAUUGUGUUCCUUCGACUUUUACCUCCCUUGCUUGGGUUUUAUGAGUGCUUUGUUAAGUCGUAGAGGGAAAAGAGACUGAGCCAGGGAGACGAACAGAGAGAGACAAAGUGGAAAGGACCACAAACUGGCCAAGCCCGGUCUACCUUUGCUGCUGAUGAAAGCCCUCCGUUUGUAAAACCCCGUCGGCUGCACCGCACAGCACGCGCACGCACACCCUGAGCACACGACCCGCACCUCCGCGUGGCCACCAUGGUCGGCAGAGUUCAGCCUGAUCGGAAACAGUUGCCGCUGGUCCUACUGAGAUUGCUCUGCCUUCUUCCCACAGGACUGCCUGUUCGCAGCGUGGAUUUUAAUCGAGGCACGGACAACAUCACCGUGAGGCAGGGGGACACGGCCAUCCUCAGGUGUGUUGUAGAGGACAAGAACUCGAAGGUGGCCUGGUUGAACCGUUCUGGCAUCAUUUUUGCUGGGCAUGACAAGUGGUCUCUGGACCCCCGAGUUGAGCUGGAGAAACGCCAUUCUCUGGAAUACAGCCUUCGAAUCCAGAAGGUGGAUGUCUAUGAUGAGGGUUCCUACACGUGCUCUGUUCAGACACAGCAUGAGCCCAAGACCUCCCAAGUUUACUUGAUCGUGCAAGUUCCACCAAAGAUCUCCAACAUCUCCUCGGAUGUCACUGUGAAUGAGGGCAGCAAUGUGACCCUGGUGUGCAUGGCCAAUGGCCGUCCUGAACCCGUUAUCACCUGGAGACACCUUACACCAACUGGAAGAGAAUUCGAAGGAGAAGAAGAGUAUCUGGAGAUCCUCGGCAUCACCAGGGAGCAGUCAGGCAAAUACGAGUGCAAAGCUGCCAAUGAGGUCUCCUCGGCGGAUGUCAAACAAGUCAAGGUCACUGUGAACUAUCCUCCCACUAUCACGGAGUCCAAGAGCAACGAAGCCACCACAGGGCGACAAGCUUCCCUCAAAUGCGAGGCCUCGGCAGUACCUGCGCCGGACUUCGAGUGGUACCGGGAUGACACCAGGAUAAACAGUGCCAAUGGCCUUGAGAUCAAGAGCACGGAGGGCCAGUCCUCCCUGACAGUGACCAACGUCACUGAGGACCACUAUGGCAACUAUACCUGCGUGGCCGCCAACAAGCUGGGGGUCACCAAUGCCAGCCUAGUCCUUUUCAAGCGUGUAUUACCCACAAUCCCCCACCCCAUUCAAGAAAUUGGCACCACCGUGCACUUCAAGCAAAAAGGACCUGGGUCGGUGAGAGGAAUCAACGGAUCCAUCAGCCUGGCCGUACCACUGUGGCUGCUGGCAGCUUCUCUGCUCUGCCUUCUCAGCAAAUGUUAAUAGAAUAAAAAUUUUAAAAUAAUUUAAAAAAAAAAAAAACACACAAAAAUGCGUCACACAGGAUACAGAGAGAGAGAGAGAGAGCGAGAUGGGGGGAGACUGUUUAUUUCACAACUUUGUGUGUUUAUAAGUAAAGGGGGAACUACGGAAGAAGAAAACACGACAUUUAAAACAAUUUUCAAGUCCAUCAGUAAACAUUGGAGUGGGAGUCAGGGUGGGAAAGUCCUACCAGGAUGCGUCGAUCUGAACAGAUGAAUGGUGUCCGAAGACCACGCCGUGCUAAGGACACCCGGGUGUAAAAAUGAGACCCAGGAAGAAGAACCAGAUGGAUGUUAACCCCCUCACACACUAUCCUUCCUUCAUCUUGUUUCAUCCGUGAGGAAAAACAAAACAAAACAAGGUCUUGCCUUUGGUGUGUAUAUUGCCAUCAACUUUUUCUUCUGUUUUUCUCUUGAGCUGACUGGUAACCAUUUUCAGUGGAACCCAAGCUGGAGUCCUGUGUUGAGCCUUUAUGGGGCUUUUCUGCCUCCACCCUCCCCAACUUUUACGACCCUCUCCUCCCCCCUCCAGUGUGUUCUAUCUCCCCACAUUCAUCCCAGGAAUCCCCCAUCACUUCCCUUCACGCCCACCACCCCCGCGCUAGUCAUGCCGCAGAUGCUAGGCAGUGCCAUUUUCAUUGUCUCCACUGUGCGUGCUCGCGUCUCUCGCUCUCACGUGGGUGUACAUGUGUGUGAGCGUGUGUGUCUCUCUCAAGCAUGCCAAGGGAAUGGUCCAUGUGUACAUAGACUUCGUGCUGUAGAUACUGUCCCGCCUUGUGAUUGUGAGACGCGGCUGUGGCACGUGGCGGGGGGACGAGGGGGGAAGGAGGCCAGGAGCGAGGCCUUCCCCACCGCGGCUGUCGCACGACAUCAGUGUGUACUCAAACCCAGCUGUGCCCUUUCCGAGCGCAGACCCUCAUCUUUCUCCUAGUCCAAUCAUCAGAACCCAGUCGAGAGUCACUCAGAAUAUCACUGUCAAUGAAAGUGCCUACUAUGGAUGGGGUGAGCAAACAGUAGAGAGGAUCGGUGACGUGGAUGAGGCGACCUAGGAGAGAAGGUUUCUGAUUUCACUCUAGUUCCAGGCCUGAGGGGUUCGCAGCCCCGCUGGGUGUGGCAGGCUGGGUCCUGCUCCGCCGCAGGGGCGCGCAGCGCGUGCUGAGCAAAUCCCCAGACGCAGGAAGGUCUCCGAGUGUAACUCCCAAUGAAAGGGUGAGGAGCCCUGUGUUGCCCCCUCCCUCGUUGUCAAAUAACACUGCAUUCGCUCCAUGAUUCCCCUGAGCAGAGAUUGUUUCGUAUUUCUGGUAAGAUAACAGUGAGAGCCAGCGAAGCAGGAAAAGCGGACCACUGCGCAGGUCCUUCCCCGGGCUGUAGGGGUGCUGACGGUCCAGUGCAAAGCGGUGACCACCGACAGGCACCGGCUGCUGUGCUCCUUUGCAGACUGUGCUGGAUUCUAGGCUAAUACUUGGUUUGGCUGCCCACGCCGGCCCCCUCCUGCCCCGCCGGCCGCUGAUCAUAGUAGUCCCCCUUUAUCCUCGGCCAGGCCUCCAGGAACGGAAUGAUCUUCCGAUUUCCCGCUCACUUUUGGCUUCUAGUCUCCUGGAAAAGAUACAGUGGGGAAUUCGCUGUUUAAGUCUACAUCCACAAGCAUCAUCUCGCCAUUAACACUGAACUGUGAGUUAGUAUCUUAACCAAGAGAGCUGGGGAACGUGUAAUAAUUUACGCAGACAUUGUAUUCUCACCACAUAGCUUGGCAUUGUCACCACACCAGGAAGGAUUGUCUUAGGAAAGGCUCUACGUGGGUAGAUAGCUUUGCCAGGAAACCAACCCUAGGAGGGACAUUGGAAGUGACUCAGUUUAUGAAAAGGACAGAAGAUUAUUAUUGAGGUCGUAAUUGAAAAUAUUUUAGCAAAGCCAAAUAUGGUACCUCACCAAGAUUUGAAACCUGGAAAAUAGCUGUUCUGUGAUAUAAAACAGGAAACGUCUUAACUGC